CGUCGAGACCGUAUAAUCUCACCUCAUCCAACCUCGGAUAGAUUAACCUUACCUAUUUCAUCCUCUCCAUUCUUCACAUUUAAAGGCGUUCUCAGCAGUAACUGUUCCACCGCUAAUCACGGUUGUCAUAUUCCUACAAGUCGGCUCGCCUCUGACCAUGAUUUUCUCGGGUCGUGCUGCUAUUUGGAGAUGAUGUUUGUUGAUGCAAUGCGCGUCUCACGCCACGCAGCUCGUUUUCUUCAACUUGCCAAAUGAGACUCCUGCAGUGCUACAUCGGGACAUUCAUGGACCAGUACUCCUUUCCUUACGUCCUCCACAUUGGAAGUUCAUGUUUUCUGUAGUUACGUUACUCCGUGUAUCUUCUUUUUUGGUGGCUUUUUCGAGUUAGAAUGGAUUUUUCUAUUGGCUUUGAUGUCGAUUUUGCAUAUAUUCAUAGCGUUUAUUUCAUCACAGCCUUGGGUGGAAAGCCUCCCGACUGUCACUCUCGGUAAGCUCAAUUCGGGCCACGAGGGUUCCAUGAUUCGCACCGUUAUAUGCAUCGUUCACCGGUCUCUAUCCCUUCCAGAGUCUAGACGAAAAAAAGGGGCCAAAAAGAGAUGAACUUCUGAGUGCAAAAAGGAUGUCCAUUUUCUCGACUUUUCCCCGUCGAACAAUGCCAACCAGGUCGCGUUCCCAAGCAUUUGAGCCUCACUUCGACCCAUUUAUUGUAUCCACAUAUAUCCACAUCGAGUGCAUAUCUUUCUGGCCCCUUUGUCGUCUGGAACAGGUCAAAUUCCAUCAGAGGCUGGCUGGUGCUACCCCGGUAAAUGCUUUCCUGUUUUCUCAUGUCAGCCUCAUCGAAAUGUCAACCCAUGUUGUUAAUAUGAUUGGGGAGGAUCGGAGUUUUAUACCUAGCGUUUGUUCUUGUGCGACGAAUCCUACGGACUGGUGCAGAUUAUCUCUGCUCGGUUGGGUGUAUUCUGGGCGGUGACUUGGUGAUCAUAAUUUCAAUACCCUCGUAUCCGAUCAUCAGCAUCUGCACCCAAUAAUGACCACAUAAUAUUCACGACAUCGUCGUAUCCUUUCUUUAGGAGAACGGGAAUAGGAAUCUCCUCUUGGCGGGAUGAAUGGUUCUCUAUAAGAUAAUGGGAUAUCAUGAUGUUUUCUCCACUGUCCACUAGAGUGGCAGUGUUCGUUUCUUGUCCAAAAUGCUCUUUUCCAAGAUUUCUGCCUCUGCGUUGGCUGUAGUCUCAAGCUUCUUUUUCGAUGUUGUUAUUGCAAAAUAUGCCAUCACUGGCGUUCACACUGGAGUAGAUGCCACAACCGGAUAUAGACCUCCCCGUAGGGAGAUAAACGAGUUGGCCUUGGAUAAACCUCAAUUGUAUGUACAUUUCCUCUUAAUCCUUCAGCUUCGUUACUGACCAACCAGCUCUUUGUACAUUCAAGCUUUGAAUGCUAUGAUGAAUGUAGAUGAACACAACUUGACGUCUUAUUUUCAACUUUCAGGUAUUCAUGGUAGACCAUAUAUCCCAUGGGACGAUGUGAAUCCAGCAACUUCCAAUAAUGGUAUUCGCACCGGCUACUGCACUCAUGGGAAUACCCUUUUCGCGACCUGGCAUAGGCCGUACCUUGCUCUUUACGAGGUAAGCGUUGUUUAAUGCAGUAAUGUUAUUUACAGUUUAGCAAUCUAAUUUUCCCACAGCAAGUUCUGGCUGGACACGCACAGACAAUUGCAAAGACAUACAAAUCUGCAGAAUACCAAACCGCAGCUGAUAAUCUGCGAAUGCCUUUUUGGGACUGGGCCAUUCCUGGAAGCCGCUUUCCUACGAUCAUGAAAUCGCCUACUGGUAAGUAGACAUAAUUUCCUUGUUGCAUUUCUCCCUACCAUUUAGUACCCAUCCAAUUGGUAAAUUCCUUGACGAGAAAUAUCUAAUUUGAUGCAGUUCAGAUCACAACACCCAACGGUACAGCAACUGUCAACAACCCUCUAUUCAACUACAAGUUCCUUCAGCGCCCCGAACCCACGGAAUGGUUCCCGGCGAAUGAUCCAAUAGCUGCAAAACCCACGACACUGAGACAUCCAGAUGCGAACGGCGUACAGCAUGACGAAGCAACUGAUCAAGCGCUUGCCGAGGAAAAUUCCUUUCUCGCUAAUCAAGUGGUGAGUUUGCACGGAAUUAUUUUCACCCCCUUGAUUUCUGCUCGUACUAAUGCCGACACUUUGAAAGUGGGAUGUAUUUGCCCAGACUCGGGACUUUAAUAGUAUGUCAACCAGUGGAAAUGGCGGGUAUGUGUCUUCUCCUUUUAUUCCAAUAUCUUGAUUUGUAGCCCAGGUGGUUUAGUGAAAUCUUUGUCUUCGCCUCAUCUUCUUUCUCUCUGAGCAGAGGACACACGACUAAUUGUUUUAGACCAAAUUUCGAAACUCCUCAUGGUGAGAUUCAUACGUUAGUUGGAGGCGAUGGGCACAUGACGCAAGUGGCUUGGUCUGGGUUUGAGCCUACUUUGUAAGUAAUCCUUCAUGGCCCCUUAAAUCAGGAUUAUUCCAAACAAUCCAGAACCAGAACCUCCUGCAAGCAGCGAAGAAUGAACGAUAAUGGUGCAAUAUUGUUCCGCUUGAUCUGUUUGAUCUAACAAUUUAUAGUUGGCUCCACCAUGCCAAUGUCGAUCGUCAAGUUGCAAUGUGGCAAGCAAUCUACCCAGACGCAUGGUUGACGAACGUGCGAUCUCCCAGUGGAACAUGGACUAUCCUCCCCAACUCCAUAGUUGGUGAGUUAACACCACUAACCCCAUUCACGAUGGGCGACGGCAUAACCAUGUAUACAUCGAUUACUGCCAGAUAUACCAAAAGUACGUACCAAUCCCCUUCCCAGUUCUAUAUGCUCGAUCUGUGUGGACCUUGCCGGGAUGAACAUCUUUUCUAACUAACCUUCAAGAUUUUGGCUACUCAUACCCCGAUGUCAAGGACUGGCUAUUCAGCGACCCAGCCUCGCUUAAGGCAAAUGUCACCACCCAGGUCAAUCAACUUUAUAACCCCAACGGCUCCUUCGGUGCAUUCCGUAGCAGUACUAAGAGAUCCAUACGCAUCCCCUCCAACAUCACCGACAAAACCAACGAAACCCACGCAUGGAGUAUAUCCGUCAAAGUCCCCAACGGGGCCGUCGACCAAGCUUUCUCCGUCAAGAUAUCCAUGUGCGAUAUCCACGUCGGAAGUCUGAGUAUCCUCUCAGUUCCCGGAACUGUCGAACGCGAGGCUGGUGCGUAUAGAGUUACGCAUGGUCAGUUCAAUCUUGGGACUGCCUUGGAGGGUGUUGAUCCUGAUGAUGUCUCGGCGGUGAUUGGUCACUUGAAGGGGAAGUUGAAGUGGGAGGUGGUGAAACUUGAUGGGUGUGUGGUUGAUGAGGUCGAGGGGUUGGAAUUCGAGGUUGCGGAUCAGGUUGUGAAGAAGGCUGAGGAUAUUUCUAAGUUCCCUACUUUUGGAGAGAGAACUGUUCAUCCGGAUGUUAUGGCAUAGGUAUGGGAGUUUUUGGGUUGGUUUAGGCGUUAAGUUGAUUGUAUAUUCUUUUAAUGUUAUUUACUUUAUUGUAAUUAGAUAAUUCAUUUCCUAAUA